AUGCGUAUUUACUGCGCGUUUAAAGAAGUAAGAAUUAAUAUGGGGACAUGGGGUCUACUUGUGAUGUUUAUUGUUAAAGUUGGCAUAGACAACGUGCACGCAGACUGCAGCUUAUCUCUAGACAAAGAUUUCGGUCAGCCAUCGCCGGUGUUUUUGAAAAAUGGCGGCGUUGUGUCGCCUAAUUCCAAGGGCGUCGUUACUCUGCGACGCUCGGACACACUGCUGGUCGCGUGCCCCGGUAACAGAAGGCAUAUAGUGCUGGACAACAAGACCAGUGGUUAUGAUGAACUGGAGGCCCACUGCAUAAACAACGACACCUUUCGGCUGGACCGAUGGAUCGGGAAGUUCAAAUCCAUCAAGUGCAACGCCCCGCCAUGGUUUACCACCGAGGACACUAAGGAAAAGUGUUAUAGCGCUAACAAAUUAUACAGGGUCGGCUACAAGCUCCGCAAAACGUUUUUCACGUUGUACGAGGCUUGUUUCGACAAGUCCCUCAUGUCUACACUUUACGUCGUACACGAGUUGAGUCCUGACAACAAGCAUCAGCCAGGACAGCGGCCCAACUUCGUAGAAGGCAAUCUGUUCGGCAAAGUGCGCAUGGCGGAGCUGUACAAAUUGAACAAUCAAGUAGACCGCCUGAAUAACGUGUUGGGCGCCAAUAUGUCGCAAGUGUACCUCACCAAGAAACAGUUUCUAUCACGCGGUCACUUAGCUCCGCGCGCGGACUUCCCAUUGCGCGCUGCGCAGCUGGCGUCGUUCCACUACGUCAACACCGCACCGCAAUGGAUGCGUGGCAACGCCGGAGACUGGGCCGCGUUGGAGGAGGCUCUACGCCGCCGCGUCCAGAAGCUGUCCCGACCCGUCACAGUGUACACUGGGACACAUGGAGUGGUGACGCUGGCGGACAACACGGGACGGAUGAAGCCCAUAUAUAUGGACGUAGACGCGAACAACAAUGAGUUGGUGCCUGUCCCAUUAUACUUCUACAAGUUAGUACACGACCCUAAAACGAAGAGAGCGACCGCAUUUAUAACAAUAAACUCUUCGUACUACAGUGACAGCAUGUUAAAGAACCUGACGUUCUGUGACGACAUCUGUGACGGCAACUCAGACUUCAACUGGUUAAAAUGGCGCGCGAACGACGGCACUUUCAGUUUCUGCUGUAGAUACGAGCAGUUCGUCGAGGAAGUUGGACAGCUACCACGUUUACAUGUUGCUGGAGUAUUUUAUUGA